AUGGUAAUAUUGCAAAAAAGACUUCCCUCUCUUGAUACAACUCAAGUUAUCGAAUUAGCUUCAACAAUCAUUGAAUAACCUGAUUGCAAACAUGUUGAUAAAGUAGCAUCGUAUGAAACUGCCUUGACAACCUUAGGAAAGGUAGCCAUGUAUUGCAAUGUUGCUUAAAAAGAAUAACUCUUAAAUAAAUUCUUAGAUUCCCUUCCACAUGAAUACCAAGAUAAUCAAGAAACUCAUUUAAUGUUUAUUAAAGAAGUUUAAAAUAACAAUCCAACCUUGAUGUAAUUCAAAGAUUUAGUGAUCCAAGCUUUGAAUAGAAUUAAAACUUAAGAUUGCAACAAUCCUGAAAAUGAAUUGUUGUGCGAUGAAGGAAGAAAAUUGAUUUCAUAAUUAUUAUGUUGAAUUUUAUAAGUUAUAUAAAUACAAAUUUA